GACGACUUUUGAUUUGCAUUCCUUCUGAUUCUCACCUUCCAACGACACAACUAACGACCUUAGCAAGAUCUCUUUUGACACACUGCCAUGGAGGAAGAAGUAGCGGCCCUUGUCAUCGAUAACGGUUCCGGCAUGUGCAAGGCUGGCUUCGCAGGUGACGAUGCACCUCGUGCUGUGUUCCCCUCAAUUGUCGGUCGCCCCCGCCACCAGGGUGUGAUGGUCGGCAUGGGCCAGAAGGAUUCCUACGUUGGUGAUGAGGCUCAAUCGAAACGUGGUAUUCUUACUUUGAAAUACCCUAUCGAGCAUGGUAUCGUAACGAACUGGGACGACAUGGAGAAGAUCUGGCAUCAUACGUUCUACAACGAACUGCGUGUCGCUCCAGAAGAGCAUCCCGUCUUACUCACGGAGGCCCCCCUUAACCCCAAGGCCAACCGCGAAAAGAUGACCCAAAUCAUGUUCGAGACGUUUAAUGCGCCUGCAUUCUACGUCGCCAUUCAAGCAGUUUUGUCGUUGUACGCAUCCGGUCGUACCACCGGUAUCGUAAUGGACUCUGGUGACGGUGUCACGCACACGGUUCCCAUCUACGAGGGUUUCGCUCUUCCCCAUGCCAUAUUGCGUCUGGAUCUAGCUGGCCGUGAUUUGACGGAUUUCUUGAUCAAGAACUUGAUCGAACGUGGCUAUUCGUUCACAACCACUGCGGAGCGUGAAAUUGUUCGGGAUAUCAAGGAGAAGCUCUGUUACGUCGCUCUCGAUUUCGAACAGGAGUUGCAGACGGCCGCUCAAUCAUCUAUCCUCGAGAAGAAUUACGAACUCCCUGACGGCCAGGUGAUUACGAUCGGUAAUGAGCGCUUCCGUGCACCAGAAGCCCUCUUCCAGCCUGCAUUCCUUGGUCUUGAGGCUGCUGGUAUCCAUGAGACUACGUACAACUCUAUCUACAAGUGCGAUCUCGAUAUCCGUCGCGACCUCUACGGGAACGUUGUCCUGUCGGGUGGUACGACAAUGUUCCCUGGUAUUUCUGACCGUAUGCAGAAGGAGCUGGCUUCGCUUGCACCUUCCAGUAUGAAGGUCAAGAUCGUCGCUCCCCCUGAGCGCAAAUACUCGGUCUGGAUCGGAGGGUCCAUCCUUGCCUCCCUUAGCACCUUCCAGAACUUGUGGUGCUCGAAGCAGGAAUACGACGAGUCUGGUCCAGGUAUCGUUCACCGCAAGUGCUUCUAAGCGUGCGUAGACGUCGCAGUGGUCAAAGGAAAAGUAUUGUUGCAAUAGUAGAUUGCCGUCGACGUGGGUUUUCUUUCCGUAUCCCUUCAGUUUUGAGGGUGGUUCGGCCGGCCAUUAUGAUACGAUUUGAUCCUUUAUAUCACCUACACACUCUUACCGCCAAUUGAAGAUCUUUUUGCAAGUGCCGACCUCUCGAUAGAGCGGUGCCGUCGUCGAUAUGGUGGAAGUGGGCAUCUGAUUGCAACAGAUAUUGUGA